CUGGCCAUGGCGGCGGCAUCCAGGUUCUUCUUCACUCUAACCCUAUCCCUAAGCGUAUGCCUCCUUCCGCUGGUGUAUUGCAACUCCGAAGGCGACGCUUUGUACACGUUCCGGCGGAGCUUGUCGGAUCCCGAUAACCUGCUCCAGAGCUGGGAUCCUACCCUCGUCAACCCUUGCACUUGGUUUCACAUCACCUGCAACCAGGACAAUCGCGUUACCCGAGUGGAUUUAGGUAAUUCAAACCUCUCUGGACAUUUGGUACCUGAACUAGGAAAGCUUGAGCAUCUUCAAUAUCUGGAGCUUUACAAAAAUAACAUUCAAGGAACUAUUCCAGCUGAGCUUGGUAACCUGAAGAGCCUCAUUAGCUUGGACUUAUAUAACAACAACAUAUCGGGGACCAUUCCUCCGUCGUUGGGGAAAUUGAAAUCACUUGUGUUUUUGCGUCUCAAUGACAAUCGGUUAACUGGGCCAAUCCCCAGGGAUCUUACGGGUAUUUCAAGCCUCAAAGUUGUGGAUGUAUCAAACAAUGAUUUAUGUGGGACGAUUCCUACCAGUGGACCCUUUGAGCACAUCCCCUUGAACAACUUUGAGAACAACCAUCGACUCGAAGGUCCAGAAUUGUUGGGACUUGCAAGUUACGAUACAAACUGCUCGUAAAGAAGAUGGAAUCUUGACUCUUUGAAUUAGAUAUCUACGUUAUAAAAGUGUAUCGUCGUCAGAAUUUAGGGGCUGGUUAUAAACUAUAUUCCUCAUAUAAAGAAUAUUUGUAAAUUUGGUGAUACUAAAUGGCAUCGACACAUUUGUAACUGUAUCGUUGCGCUUGUGUUAAUACGUUGAAGACAUGAUUUGCGUUGGUUUAGUAGCAGUAAAAGUUUUAAGGGAAAAGGGCAUGUCCUUGAUUUGAUUAGGUAAA